UAAAGGCGCCGGGCCAGAGCGAAGGGCGUUUGGGUGCCGCCGCCGCCGCCACCGCCUCCACCGCCGCAGCCGCUGCCCGGGCCGGGGAGGGGGUGCGUUGGAAGCAGGAAGCGAGGCGCGCCGAGGUCGUCGCGGGAGCAGCUGGUGACCCCCGGAGGAUGAACCACAAGAGCAAGAAGCGGAUCCGCGAGGCCAAGCGGAGUGCGCGGCCGGAGCUCAAGGACUCGCUGGACUGGACCCGUCACAACUACUACGAGAGCUUCUCGCUGAACCCUGCGGCCGUGGCGGAUAACGUGGAAAGGGCAGACGCAUUACAGCUGUCUGUGGAAGAAUUUGUGGAGCGAUAUGAAAGACCGUACAAGCCCGUGGUUCUGCUGAAUGCCCAAGAGGGUUGGUCUGCGCAGGAGAAAUGGACCCUGGAGCGCCUAAAAAGGAAGUACCGGAACCAGAAGUUCAAGUGUGGUGAGGAUAACGACGGCUACUCCGUGAAGAUGAAGAUGAAAUACUACAUCGAGUACAUGGAGAGCACUCGGGACGACAGCCCCCUUUACAUCUUUGACAGCAGCUAUGGAGAGCACCCCAAAAGAAGGAAACUUUUGGAAGACUACAAGGUGCCCAAGUUUUUCACUGAUGAUCUCUUCCAGUAUGCCGGGGAGAAACGCAGGCCCCCUUACAGGUGGUUUGUGAUGGGGCCACCACGCUCUGGAACUGGAAUUCACAUCGACCCUCUGGGAACCAGUGCCUGGAAUGCCUUAGUUCAGGGCCACAAGCGCUGGUGCCUUUUUCCUACCAGCACACCCAGGGAACUCAUCAAGGUGACCCGUGAAGAAGGAGGGAACCAGCAAGAUGAAGCUAUUACCUGGUUUAGUAUCAUUCAUCCCCGGACACAGCUUCCCACCUGGCCACCUGAAUUCAAACCCCUGGAAAUCUUACAAAAACCAGGAGAGACUGUUUUUGUACCAGGAGGCUGGUGGCAUGUUGUGCUUAAUCUUGACACCACCAUUGCCAUCACCCAGAAUUUUGCCAGCAGCACCAACUUCCCUGUUGUAUGGCACAAGACGGUAAGAGGGAGACCAAAGUUAUCGAGGAAAUGGUAUAGGAUCUUGAAGCAAGAGCACCCCGAGUUGGCGGUCCUGGCUGACUCCGUUGACCUUCAGGAGUCCACAGGGAUUGCCUCGGACAGCUCCAGUGACUCCUCCAGCUCCUCCAGCUCCAGCUCAUCUGACUCGGACUCGGAGUGUGAGUCUGGGUCUGAAGGUGAUGGGACGAUGCACCGCCGGAAGAAGCGGAGAACGUGCAGCAUGAUGGGAAAUGGGGACACCACCUCCCAGGACGACUGUGUGAGCAAAGAGCGCAGCUCCUCCAGGAUUAGGGACACUUGUGGAGGCCGGGCUCACCCCUGAGCAAAUAAAGACACUCUCCCUGAGGUGGCUCCUGUGUACGCUGUUGGCGGCCACCUGACUCAGUUUUCACGUCUUCUGCUCCCACCUUCUCCUUUGUCUUCUUUGAAUUUGGAUAACCUUCUCUGGUCCAAGCUUCUGUCUUCGGUCAAAUGCUGUUUUUACUGCUUACUAAGAAUAGAUGGUCAAGAGGUUUCGAAGCUCAGCAAGCUCAGUGACACCCGAAACAACGAAUGCUGGCGUGCUGUUGGGUAAGGAGCUCUGUGCUGUCACCUCUAAGCCACGCUGCUCGACCUCGAGGCCGCAGGGCUGGGAUCCCUUGCGUGUCUCGCUGCGUCUGAUACCUCAGCGACAUUGGUGAGGAACCUCUGCUGUCCGAGAGCCAGCUGCGCACAAGCAGGCCCUGAGGGGUGAGUGGACUCGGAUUUGUGUCUGAGCCAAUUACACGUAAAACGUGCUGCGCACACGCCACCUUCCUUUGUGUCACCGUUUCUCCAAAGCCGCACUCCGUGGUCGUGACCCAGCCAACGCGGGCAGCGCCGCUCACCACUGGUCUUGGACGAGUUACCUUCCCUCCACCAUCAGAGAGGCUCUUAAAUUCCAGCAGUGUUUUCGUGUGGUGUAUUUUGGGGGCGGGAUGACAUGUCAGGGCUUUUGUUUAGGAACGGAAUGAGAAAGGUGUUCAAUGUGUUCUUAUCGCAGAAUUCAAGUUGUGAAUAGGGCCCACUUCUAACAGAUGUGGCCUCUUCCUACCAUGUGAUCCAUAAGGCAGAAGCUCUCACUCUGUAAGAGACAUCAUGAGUAGUGUCCCUGUUUGUUUGACCAGCAGACAUUAGGUGCGUGGCUUGUGCUGCACGUCUGGAAUAAAUCCAUAUAUGGUGCUUCUAGUCUUUGGGAUCUGUUUAGGCUUCUCAGUAACUCUGGUCUGAAUCCUUGGGGAUUGACCAGCAGGUUCCAUCUUUUGCCCUCUCAGUUCACCUGCUUGCCUUAAUCUGUCCCUAAAUUCAGCUAAAUUUAAAUAAAAGUAAGAGGGGCUUGUCAAGGAUGUGCCCAGUGAAAAGCACUGAGCAGCGUGCCCCGUUCUGGGCGGGGGUGUAGGUAAGGGCAUGAGCAGCCAGAGGGCAGCAGGAGUUCCCGGGGAGCAGACGGCCUGGAAUUAUAUGGUGUUGCCUCCCCAGAUCCUCCCUGAACAUGGGUAUAAUCUGGGGAAUCCAGGGCUCCUCUGUGCAAAGGUUAUAUUUUUAAUAGACUGAUGAUCAUUUCUUGACACUGGGUCGGUCAUGUGGCUUUCCUCUAGGAGGCUGGUCCCCUACUUUGUCUCGGUCAGUUUUCUGCAUUCUCAAAUGCCGAUCCAAAAACGUGGCCGGAUUGGAUGGAGAACGUCCACCAUGUUCCUCGGCGUUGGCGCCUGUCACCUGUCCCUCAGUGCCGCUCCCCUUCCCCACCAGGCCACCCGGGCUCAGGCAGCCCUGCUUCCAUUCCAGAAUGUGUCGUCUCUUUGUGUUCACACCUGAAUGAGGUUCUUGUCUCCUUUUUAAAAUGUUCUUGCCAUCUUCCAAAACUCUUUUUUUCUUUACCCCAGUAUUGCUGCCGGGCUCACACCUUCCUCUCCAAUUCAUAUCAACUUCCCUCUAAACUUGAGUUUAAAGAAAAAACAAACAAAACCAAAAGGCUGUUUGCCGCCAGGGGGCAGGAUAGGGACACUUUUGCAGUGGCUGGGAUGACAGGGUAGAAAUUUGAAUGGGAGAGAUUAGCCUUCCCAAGAGGCCAAAGAUGAUUCCUGUUUGACAAACAAUAUUCAGAAAUAAGGGAUCCAGCCCACCUGACAGGCCCGCAGUCACCUCACCGGAAAGCAUUUGGAUCACAGUUUACAUGCUGCUGUUGGGCUUUUGCCACCCCAUGAGUGAGUGACCAUGGGACAGUCUUUUGUUUUAGGCAUGCCAGAGAUUCAACACCUCCCACCCUGCCCCUGUUACUGUUGCUGCGGGCCAGCCAAGCACACCAUUACGGAAAUAAAGUAGGGAUGAGGUGGGGAAACUGUGAGAAGGGAGUGCAGUGGUGGCUGGGUGCUUGGGACAAGGUAGGAAGUGGGGACCAGGGGCCAUCUGUUCUAAAGUUAACCCUUUACCCCAUCUGCUCUGAGCUCCUUCUCUGAGUGGUGUCAACAAUAGUAUGGGCAAGGACAUGACCUGAAACUUCUCCAACUGAAGACCAACAAGCUGGGUCCUGGAAGAAGGGCUCUUGGACCAGUAACUACUGAUAGGGAGGAGCAGGGUGGAGGAAGAUAGCGUGGGGCUCUGGGGCUUUGGAGUGAGCACCAAAGACUUUACCAUCAGCCUGAAGUGUAUCCAGUGCUGCACACAGACAGGUGUCUCUGGGGUCAGUAGUGCUGGGAUAUUCAGGGUGACACCUUUUGAGGGGAGAGCCACCAAACACAGGGAUGUUCACAUUUGGCUUAGGCUUGCAGGUGCGCAUUUAUGAACCAUCCAAGCGUUCAGCUUGUGUUUUGAGUGCCAGGCACUGUUCUAAGUGCUGGAGAUGCAGCAGUGCCGAGCCCAGGUCCCUCUCCUCGUGGAGCUGAAAGACUGAGCAUGCCAUGCACGGUUCCCAAAGGUCACUCGUCAGGGUAGGUGGAGUCAAGCACAUCCAUUUCCAUGACCAGAAAAGCAGGGUCACACCUUACUAAAUUCGAGCCCAUGAGAUCUUCAUAAAAGAGCAUAAAUAACAUCAUGGCUGGGUUUUUAGUAUUCAGUUUCUCUCUAAAUUAGCUAAAGAUAUUUAAGGAUCGGCAAGAAAGUUGCUGGUAUAAAUGCUUUAUGAACUUUAAUUAGAGGUUCAGCCUGGGUAUGAUUUAGGACUUUAGACAAGAGUGUGGGACAGAACAGGAGUUUUGUGGUAAAUGUUGUAAAAAGUGCUUCCUAGGACAUAGGCGUGUACGUGCACAGCUGUAGGUUCCUUGAAUUGUGUGUAGCGUUUCCACAAAUAAGUUGUUUGUCAUGUGUGUGCUGGGUACUGCUGAUGGUUCCCUGUGUAGUCUGGUUUCUCCUCACACUCCCCUGCCCCUCCUUGCCUUCUGUCAAUAUGUUCCACUGAUGUUAUAUUAUAUACAGCAAAACUAGAUGACCCUCGUGCCCCGGCCCCCUCGGGUGGGGGCUCUCGACUUCCAUCUCAUCUUAGUUCAAAAACUUGAGCUGUCUAGCCCCCACUGAAUGUCCCAUGAAAACUGGCCUGGUCUGCUGUCUCCAAGGUGACUGGACAGGGCAGAAGAACUGGGACCGUGCAGAGUCCUUGUUCCUCCUGCCGCUGACACAGAGACACCCAGCAGCCUGCUCCGUCUGCUUUCGUCUCGCCAUGGGCUCCGCCACGGGAUGCCUGUGGCUCCGCCGUUUGAUGGGUGUUUUUAACUUUCACUUGGAUGAAACUUGUUUAUCAUUUUAAAUAAAGCAACUUGA